GAGGCAGGAGGCACUUGGGAUCGUCCGCAAGAUUGGGACUGUUAGAGAGGCCGCCACGGAGCCCGCCGGAGCCACCGUUCCUUCUGCUGCUGCCGCCGCUGCCCGAGUUGGAAGCGUCGGGUCGCAGCCGCCGGCAAUGCCGAGAAGGAAGAGGAAUGCAGGCAGUAGUUCAGAUGGAACCGAAGAUUCCGAUUUUUCUACAGAUCUUGAGCACACAGACAGUUCAGAAAGUGAUGGCACAUCGCGCAGAUCUGCCCGAGUUACCCGCUCCUCAGCUAGGUUAAGCCAGAGUUCUCAAGAUUCGAGCCCUGUUCGAAAUUUGCAGUCUUUUGGCACUGAGGAGCCUGCCUAUUCUACCAGAAGAGUUACUCGUAGUCAGCAGCAGCCUACCCCAGUGACUCCGAAAAAGUACCCCCUUCGGCAGACUCGUUCAUCUGGCUCUGAAACUGAGCAAGUAGUGGACUUUUCAGAUAGAGAAACUAAAAAUACAGCUGAUCAUGAUGAGUCACCACCUCGAACUCCAACUGGAAAUGCACCUUCUUCUGAAUCUGACAUAGACAUCUCCAGCCCCAAUGUGUCUCAUGAUGAGAGCAUUGCCAAGGACAUGUCCCUGAAGGACUCGGGCAGUGACCUCUCUCAUCGUCCCAAGCGCCGUCGCUUCCAUGAAAGCUACAAUUUCAAUAUGAAGUGUCCUACACCCGGCUGUAAUUCUCUAGGGUUGCAGGUGAGAGCACAGAGCCGGGAUAAGCAGAUAGAAGAGAGGAUGCUGUCCCACAGGCAAGAUGACAACAACAGGCAUGCAACCAGGCACCAGGCACCAACAGAGAGGCAGCUGCGCUAUAAGGAAAAGGUAGCAGAACUCAGGAAGAAAAGAAAUUCUGGACUAAGCAAAGAACAGAAAGAGAAAUGUAUGGAACAUAGACAAACCUAUGGGAACACUCGGGAGCCUCUCUUGGAAAACCUGACAAGCGAGUAUGACUUGGAUCUUUUCCGAAGAGCACAAGCCCGGGCUUCAGAGGAUUUGGAGAAGUUAAGACUGCAGGGCCAAAUCACAGAAGGGAGCAACAUGAUUAAAACAAUUGCUUUUGGCCGCUAUGAGCUUGAUACUUGGUACCAUUCUCCCUAUCCUGAAGAAUAUGCACGAUUGGGACGUCUCUACAUGUGUGAAUUCUGUUUAAAAUACAUGAAGAGCCAAACAAUACUCCGCCGGCACAUGGCCAAGUGUGUAUGGAAACACCCACCUGGUGAUGAGAUCUAUCGGAAAGGCUCAAUCUCGGUGUUUGAGGUAGAUGGCAAGAAAAAUAAGAUCUACUGCCAAAACCUGUGCUUGUUGGCCAAGCUUUUUCUGGACCAUAAGACAUUAUACUAUGAUGUGGAGCCCUUCCUGUUCUAUGUUAUGACGGAAGCAGACAGCACUGGCUGUCACCUGAUUGGAUAUUUUUCCAAGGAGAAGAACUCAUUCCUCAACUACAAUGUAUCCUGUAUCCUUACCAUGCCUCAGUACAUGAGACAGGGCUAUGGCAAGAUGCUCAUUGACUUCAGUUAUUUGCUUUCCAAAGUAGAAGAAAAGGUUGGCUCCCCAGAACGUCCACUCUCUGAUCUGGGGCUCAUAAGCUAUCGCAGUUACUGGAAAGAAGUGCUUCUCCGUUAUUUGCAUAAUUUCCAAGGCAAAGAGAUUUCUAUCAAAGAAAUUAGCCAGGAGACAGCUGUGAAUCCUGUGGACAUCGUUAGCACUCUGCAAGCCCUUCAGAUGCUUAAAUAUUGGAAAGGAAAACAUCUGGUUUUAAAGAGACAGGACCUGAUUGAUGAAUGGAUAGCCAAAGAGGCCAAAAGGUCCAACUCCAAUAAAACUAUGGAUCCAAGCUGCUUAAAGUGGACCCCUCCGAAAGGCACUUAAAGUGAUCUGUCUUUCUGAGCCAGCGAACCCCAGCAGUAGGAAUCCGUACCCUAGGGAUCUGUCUGUCAUUUCUGUUGUUCUUGUGAUUGGCAAGUACAGUAUCCUUUGGGAAGGCCAUCCCCCUCAGGACUGUCCUGGCUCCGCCUUUUGUGUACACUGCAGACGCUGGUUCUGAGGAACUAUUGUUUCGGCCUCAGUGAGGUUGCCUGGAGAGAUCUGUAUUAGACUCAAGUGCAGAUCCCUCAUAGCACUGACCCAAGGAGUUCUGUUAUGGUACUGUACUUGUCCAGUCACUGGUUCCCUCCUCAUGUCCUUUAGCCCCAUGAGGUGUAUCUUGUCCUCUGAACUUUGUACUCAAGCUUCUUCCCAUCUGGUUACCAGAUCUCCAGACAUGGCUACCACCACAGGGACCCUUCUAGUUACUCCUUACAUACAUAUUUUGUG